AGUAGGAGGUUUUUUCUCAGAGAGGCCAGCUAAUGUUGUGUGUGGAUUUCAGAACAGUUGCCGAGUAGAAUCUUGAGAGUGAGGAAAAGAUUUAUGGACAUUCAUCUGAGUUGCUGAUUUAAGUAACAGAGAUAUUGAAUUAUUCCAUCAGUGUAUUGCAUCCUGAGCAGGGUCUGGAGUAGAGCAGCUCUCCACCAAAUCUCUUGACAAGGAAGACAAAAAGCAGGUUCUCUGAUGGAUUCUGUGCUACAGGAGAGCCUGGCCACGCUGCUCAGCAGGAGAAGUGUUUGCAUCUUUUGUGUCAUCUGGCUAGCUACCCAACUGGCAUUCUUAAAUGCCUGCGAAUAUCAGCCAGCAAGUAAUGAGAGAUGCACUAACUACACAAAGGAUGUGCCAGAAGGAGGCUCCUUAGAAGUGCCUCUUGGCACCCUUAAACACAUCAGUGAUUUCUGCAUUUGGAAUAUAUCAUCCUCACGUUGGGACAGUGCAUGCCAAUUUGUUAGUGGAAACUGCCAGCCUCUCCUUACAAACUUCAACAAGAGCAUCUCUGUCCUAGGGAAAACCUUUGUUAUGCAGAAUGUGGGCAGCGGCCGCUACAGAAUUCUGGACCUGUCUAGAAAUUGCUUGGAAAUAAAUGUCUUCAUGUCAGAUGCCAAGCAUAAUAUGGUACUUAAUGUGGGCAGCCCUGUUUGGGUCAUCAUUCUUGUCAUUGUCAUCAUCAUCGUUGUUGUCGUCAUAGCCAUUGUGCUCUCCAUCAGAUAUGACUGGAUUAACAGAUGUAGGCAGAACACCUGCUGUAUGUCAAACACCACUGAGAAUGACAUUGAUCUUACUACCCAGGGAAGCGCAGCAGUUUCCUGAGAUGUCAGCCGCAUCCUGAGACCUGGCAUCCCAGAAUGACAGGUGUU